AUGUCCGUCCUCUCCCUCGUCUGUCUCCGCCCACAAUGGCAGACCCGUGUCAUGUCCGUCCUCUCCCUCGUCUGUCUCCGCCCACAAUGGCAGACCCGUGUCAUGUCCGUCCUCUCCCUCGUCUGUCUCCGCCCACAAUGGCAGACCCGUGUCAUGUCCGUCCUCUCCCUCGUCUGUAUGGUGAACUCGGACAUGGCGAAGCCUCUGCUGUCGGGUGAGCGCGGUGACCCCCGGGGGCCCCUCCCCUGCGGGGACACCAUCGGCAUUCAAAAGGUGGUGGUGGGGAGCCGGAACCCCAAGCGUAGCUCCGCCCUCUUCCCUGCCGACGCCGAGGUGACCUUCCAGGCGGACGCGGUCCGGCGCUCGGAGGUGAUCUUUGUGGCCGUCUUCCGGGAUCAUUACUCCGCCCUGAACGCUCUGGAGGAGGAGCUUGCCGGGAAGAUUCUGGUGGACGUCAGUAACAAUCCGGAGAUCAAUGUCGGCCGAGAGUCCAACGCGGAGUUCCUGGCGGCGCUCUUCCCGCGCUCCACCGUCAUCAAAGCCUUCAACGUCAUCUCAGCCUGGGCCCUGCAGUCCGGCCCCCAGGAUGGCAACAAGCAGGUAAGAGGGAUAAGCCCCGCCCCCUUCCUGUAA